GGCGGGAGGUCGCAAUUUCUCUGAUGACGUCCUUCCGGGAGGUUCGCGGGAAACGUCUCAAAACAAAAACGCGUUUCCGCCAGUGCUUUUAGGCUGAAUCUGACAGCACGUGUCCCUUUAGCGCACGUGCGAAUCCAUUCAGUCAAAGAGGUGAGCUCAGCGCCGAGCAGAGUUGCGUGUUUUCCGCGCGAGCGGAGGAAUGGCCGAGAAACCGGAGGAUCUGAACCUUCCUAACGCGGUCAUCACGCGCAUCAUCAAGGAGGCGCUUCCAGAUGGGGUGAACGUAUCCAAAGAGGCGCGCAGAGCCAUUUCCCAGGCCGCCAGCGUCUUUGUGCUGUAUGCAACCUCCUGUGCCAAUAACUUUGCACUGAAGGCCAAACGGAAGACUUUAAAUGCUGCAGAUGUGCUGGCAGCGAUGGAGGAGAUGGAGUUCGAACGCUUCCUGGAGCCUCUCAGAGCGGCUCUAGAAGUCUACAAGAAAGGUCAGAAGGGAAAGAAGGAAGUGUCUGAGCAGAAACGCAAAGAAAAAGAGAAGAAGGCAGACUGUGAGCAUGAAAAGAGCAAGGAAGAUGAGGAGGGAGAGGAUGAGGAAGAACAACGCAUGGAGGAGGAGACCGAGGAGGGGGAAGAGGAGGUGGAGAACUGAGGAGACAGACCUGUCCGACAUGAGACCGGACUCUGGCUUCACAAACUGUAAAAACUGCUCUCAGAAGGACGGCUUCAUUCCUGCAGUCCCCUCUCCAUCAGCCAGCGGUUUGGUGUUCCCAUGAUACACUCUUUUGUAGUUUCAAUAAAUGUUUUGUAUACAAGUA